GGUGUCUGACGAUCACGCGAAUUAUCGCAAAUCGAAACGUAUGAAUGUCGUAAACAAUGCCAUUUUAAACCGCAAUCAUUUAGAGAGAACAUUUACCUCCCCAAAAUCCUGAAUCAUUAUCUCUUCGUUUACUGAAGGUUGGCUAGGAAAUCCGGUAAUUAUCGAUACUAGGAAUGACAUCCCGGCUCACGUUGCGCAUCAAUUGGCGGAACGAAGCAGCAGAAGCCCUCCCCUUUUGAAUCAGAACUGAGGCUCCUAAGUAUUCCAAACUGUUUCUUUUACUCAGUACUGGUGUUUGUUUAAUUUCCUAUGAUUGGAAUUUACAUGAUUAACUAAUCAGUUUGUAAAAAAAAUUAUUCAAAUUUAUUAACUGUAGCAUCUUAUUUAUCAGCAAAUUAUUAAAUUUGGAAUUGCUAUACCUGAUCGCUUUCCAUUAUAGGAGACAAUGGAGGCAUUUCGUGCAAUGUGGGAGAGUCUUCUGUUGGACCCAUCACGUUUAUUUUAGAAGGUAAUUUUCGAAAACGGCUUUUAUUACUACCAAGUGCAUCAUUCGUUGGCUGCCGUUUUUCGUUGGUGUAGUGACUUUCGACUGACUUUCAACCAAAUCGAAUCAGCAACCAAGAAAUCAAAAAUGCUGGACUUUCACCGCGCGAACUUGCAGACUUGCAUGUGCACUGGCGAGACUUUGGAGGGUGCCUUCAUUCUUUCUUUAUAAAUGCGUAGUAAGUGGUGGAUCCUCAUCUUUUUGGCUUUUGCCGUUCGCUGUAAUUGCCAAUCAGAAAACUUGGGUGCUUCUUCUUGGGCGAAACUGCAAAUCUCACCGGAUACGUUAAGUUCCAUGGAAUAUGGCAAUUUCCUCAUUGAAAUUUACGAACAUGCUAAUAAUCACAAGAUAACGACAACUGCCGGCGACAAAAAAUAUUUCUACUCUCCCAUUGCGCUACUGGACCACAAAAGUGCCGUUAGUAAAUUCAACAAGGUGACGAAGCAAUCAGAAAUGAGAUUCCGCAUUGAAAUGUGGAACGACAAAGUUCAAAGUGAAGUUGUGAAACAUUUGAAGGAAAUCGUCGGCCAAGAAAUUUUAACCAAUAAAGUGAGAGUCAUUCCCUUGGAGAAGGUCAUUCUCACCAGCAAAAGACCUACAGUGGAUUAUUCGCUUUAUCCUGAGUGGACGAAUUAUGACAAGAGCAAGACCCUGUGGUUUUCUUUGUUGUGUUACGACCAAGAAGUCUGCGACGAACUGGCCGAAGAAAUGCAAUCCGAUCCAACCCAAUUCGACCAUUUAAAACUCCUCUACAGUUUGUCGUCGCAGACGUCACAAACCAAACAGACGACCAUCACCAUCGACAGCGUCACUUCCGGUCAAAUGGUCACUAGUCUUUUACAGAAAUUUGGAGACAAAAAAGAAGUUUUUCUUACGGCCAAUGACGAGAAGAAAAUGCUGACGGAAACGGCCACCAACAUCCGAAUGGACACAUUCGACGACUCCGAGGUCGGAUCUCCGGACACGGAGUCUCAUAUUUUGAAUAUUUUAAAGGAUUUGCUGAUCACUUCCAGGAUGACCAUCAAAGAACCAAGUGAAAAGAUGUGGGACUCUGUUUUCUGGAAUGAGGACAAUUACCGACCGGACAAAACGACGAAAACUUUGAAUGAAAUUAUUAACAAACUGGACAUGGAAACUCAAAAGAAACUAGCAGAUAUGUUUCAAAAAGCGGAGAAGCAAUCGGAAAUAAUCGAAAAAUUGGCUUCGAGUAAUAAAGACGCGGAGAAAAGUCAAGAGGAACAAACUCGUCGCGUAAAUCAAUCGAAAGAUGCGAAUCUAAAUGAAACGAGUAGAUCAAAAGCAACAGAAGAAGAGCAAUUUAGCCGCAAUCAAAUUGCAGAUGGCAAUUCUAAAACCAACGAAGUUGACACGGAAGUCAGUGGGCAAGGGUACGGAUUUAGUGGUAGCGCCAAAGUCGGAGUAGAAAAUAGUAACUCGCAGAAUACCGAACGACAGAGCGAGAUGAGUGAAAAUGCAAAGAAAAGUUUGAAUAGAUACGCCAGAAAUUUAGAGAAUAAAGAAAGAAUGCAACACAAAUACGACUCAAACAGUUGGGCUGACGUGGACAGAAUCAGUUCGGCGAUUUCAGAAAAAUUAGCUAACAAUUCCGAUAGUUCCCGGCGGGAUGAAAUUUUGAAAGAAGACGUGGAAAAGCUAUUACAAGAAAGCAGAGGUCACGUCCAAUGGGACGGAGAUAAAUUUGUACCGAAACCUAUGCAACUAAGCAGAAUCAAUUUGGGCAAAUUUCGUGACUCUCAAUCGUUUCAGGAUCGCAAUGUUCGUGUCCGUUACACGAACGCAGAACUGUCGGCGCCUAUUAAAUUUGUGGAACACGCAGAAUUGACCGUCACUGAUGAAUGGAACCAUUUAAAGGACGAACUGAAAGACAUGAGAGAACUCUUAAACACAACUCUGAUGAACUUGGCGAAAACAAAUACGGAACUGAGUGUUGUGAGAAGUGUUGUAAAUAAUCAAUUAGAAGCGAUUACAGGUACUAAACAGGAGUUGUUGAAAUCGAAAUCUGAAUUAGAAAAAACGAGGGAAGAUUUCAACAUGACCAUCUAUGAUGUAUCAUUAAAAUUAAAUGCGACUGAAAAAGAAUUGAAUGAAAUGAAGAUCAGCGUCGAAAACUUGUCUAUGGAAUUUAAAGAAAAUUCGCAAUGGUUUAGCGAUCAAAAAGGCACCGAAUCCAAUCUGAGAGAAGAACUGAAAGCAACUUCAGGUCAACUGGAAACUAUAACAACUGAUUUGGCCACAACGAGAACGGAUUUGAGCAGCACGAAUUCCGCCGUCGUAUAUUUGAUAGCAAAAUUAAAAGCCCGAACGAGUGAAAUAGUAGAUAUUGGUUCAAUGCCAACCAACUGCAAAGAUCUGGAUCGAAUGGGACAUCAAUUGAGCGGAUUCUUUUUGGUGAAGGGAUCGGAAAAGAUGGAAAUUGUGUACUGUGAUUUUUAUCCAAAUGAAAAUGAUUUGCAGAAAUUGAUCGGAUACGCCGAUGUCAAAUCGGCGCCAAUCUAUUUCUACGUCCAAAAAAAUGUUUCAUUUGACACAUACGGAACUCCAAUUCCGUUUGAUUUUGCUCGAGUGAACCAAGGAAAUGCCAUGAAUUUGACAUCAGGGACAUUUACGGCACCACUACCGGGAAUUUAUUUCUUCUCAUUCGGGGGAAUGGCACAAUUUUCAUCUUCUAAUUCUUCUGCUUACUUAGAAGUUGCUCUGCAUUUAAAUGGGGAGAAAAUCGGAUUUGCUUUGGUUGAAGAGGAAAAUGUCGUCAGUCAUCAAUAUAGUCAGUUAACCCUUCAAUCGACCCUGAACUUAAAAAAAGACGAUCGAGUCUGGGUGGAGAUUACUUCCAUAAGGAACUCAUUUCUGUUGAACAACCAAAAACAUUACACCUAUAUCACCUGUUUCAUGUUGGAGGAAGAAAUUGUCGGAUCCCUUUGAAUGUUGAUCAUACGAAAUGCCCAAUUGACAAUAAUCGACUGACAAUUUGCUCGAAUUUUUCAUUAGAUUAUAUAAGGUAUCGAUUCUAAUUCAGGGGUAUGAAUUUCUUUAGAAAAAGACGCUUUAUGUAGUGUAGUCAUGCUGGUUGUAGUGAUUAUAAUAGCACACAACGCGUUACACUUUUUUUAACCCUCUGGCAAAACCGAACCAGUAGUGCCACUGAACGGAGUGAAAUGCAAAGUAAAAAAAACGUCGACUGCGUGCCCUGAAAUAAUUCAAACAAGUGGUGUUCUUAUUUCUUUCUUCUUGGUGAUAAUUGAUAAAUACAAUAAUACAGCAUUGA